ACAUUUAUGUUGAAUUGGUAAGUGGUCUGUAAGAAAACAUUAGGUUUUUACCAUCUACCUACUGGGAAAAACCACUAGUAUAAACUACUACAUCUGGAAUUGAUUGACAACCCUCCUGAUAUAUGACAACUGCACUAAUCACCGAGCUGCAGCUGCACUAUUACUGUUGACACUGUAGAACACUUGUUAUUUAAAACCAUGAAAUAGUAAGGCUGAUGUGGAGCAGCAAUGGUCAAUGUUUUCUCUGGGUAAGAACACCUAGCAGCAUUGUUUUACAUCAGAGUAUUUAUUGUAUGGAUUUUUCGUGUUUACUGGAUCACACAACAUUUAAUGUUUUGUUUAAUAUUUGUAAAAAUGAAAGAUUUAAGUAUAAAAUCACUUUGUUUUUUUUAUUUUUUCAUUUUAGUUUUAAAGGUAAAAGCUGACGUUACUAUUGUUUCUUUUUAUUUGAAGGAUAUUCAAAAGACUACUCUGUCCACAUAAAAUAAGUAUGUACCUCAGAGACAUGGCUAUGAUUAAAGGUCUUUCAGAUUUAUGUCAAUAUAUUCACUACUUUUGUUUUUGAAUAUAAAUAUACACAUUGUUUGUAUUAUGCAACCUCCAUACACUAGAUGGCGAACGAGUUUUGUGACCACUGAGUUUACUGCAGCAUUUCCUGUUUCAGAGAGUUCAGUAGUUGCCGCUUAUAAGAAACUGAUUCUGGAUCUGAUUUUACCGGCAGCAAUUUGCUACGACAGAUCUUGGUAGAUGAUGAAUCCAACUGACACAAGGUCAGCGGUCACAUACACCUACGAGAGGAGGGCAGGAACUCAUUGAGUCGAGCCGCCCGACCAAGCAGCAUGUCUGAGACAAUAACAUCAUCAGUGUCCAAACCACUGUCUGAAGAGGAGUUACAUGUUGGUCUAAGCAACGUCACUCUGUCAGAGACUCAGAAACACAAUGAUGAAAAGAAUCCAGACACGAACUCUGACCAACCAGGGAGAAUCCAUGUGGUUCCGAUCCACCGACGUCCAGAUCUUCUGGUCCCCUGUGCUGACCUGGUCAACUCUGAGUGGCAGAGGAGUCCAGCUGCUCGGAUUCACACUCUGCAGAAGUCCUGUCCAGAGUUUCCAAUCUCCUUGGUUCUUCUACAGGGUCGCAAAGAGAAGGAGCGGGUGCUCGGCCACGUCAGGCUCUCCAGGGUCGUGGGUCACGGCAACAGCCUCUUUGUCGAGUCGGUGGUUGUGACCAAAGUGGAGCGAGGGAAGGGCUACGGACGGACAUUGAUGGAGGAAACGGAGCAGUACGCAAGGAGUCGAGGGUUCAAGCGCCUGUGUCUCACCACCCAUGAUAAACAGCACUUCUACGCCCACCUGGGCUACGUCCUGUCCACACCGGUGCAGAAUGCAGGUUCCAUGACAACAUUUAUGCCCAUGGAGAUGCUGCUGAAGUUCUCCAGGAUGACAAAUGAAGAAAUGAGCAACCAGAAACCAUCGAGGACACUGACGGAUGCUCAAAUACCACCAGACAGUGCUCCUUCUUCAAUCCCUGCUCCUCCGCCACCACCUCCUCCUCUUCCACCUUUUUCUAAAUGCAUACCACCUAUUGCCCCAACCUUUUCAACCACUGCUUCUUGUCCACCACCACCACCACCUCCUCUUCCUUCUUCUAAUUACAGAACUUCUACUACCUUCACCACUCCUCAUCCUCCUCCACCACCUCCACCUCAGUCUAAAGGGCAGCUUGUAGUUCAGACCCUGACUGAAACUCCCUACAGAGACGCCAAAGGAGUUCCAAUCUUCUGGAUGCACAAAGACAUUUGAUGGACAUUAUAUUACAGACAUUUGAAAAUGCAGAGAAGGAAAAAGACCUCUACAUUUCCUGCUAUAUUUUUGGAUUACAACACGACAGAAAUGGACAUGGACGGAAAUAAAGAAAAUUAACACUUGACAUUGUGAACAGUAACUGUAACUUUUCAGGAAACUCUUAUUCUAUAUUUCACUGUGAAUGCUAUUUUGGCAAAAGGUCAACAUGAAAUAGAAUACUAUUUUUUUUAAAUAAAUAUAUUUUAUCACUGUAGAUAUUUAAACAGGACAAUUUGUCCCUGUAAUGUUAGCUCAUCUGGAGCUGAGACUCUGUUCAGCUUGAAAGUUAGUUUUGACCUCAGAAGAUCACGAAAAAUAACUUGAAGAUUAUUGAAGCUGCUUUGCACCAUUAUGUGCUGAACUUAAUUUUCUUUUGUUGUUGUUGUUACAUCAAAAUAUUAAAGGUAAAUAUUGAAGGUGCUACUGUUGAACAACAAGAUUUUUGGUUUUUGAAAUUUUCUGGAAAUAAAUGUAUUUCUGUUACAUUUUAC